AUGGCCGACAUCCAAGAGAAGGUGUCGCCAGCCCCGGCUCCGGCCCCGCCGCGAGAGACCACUGCCGAUAACUCGGUCGUCGUGGACUCGACCGUUGAGGACAAUACCGAUGCCCGCAAGACGCAUGUCAACAUCGUUGAGCAUGCCCGUUCUGCAGCCCACAAAGAGCGCAAUAUGACCAUCCGUCAGGGCAUCAAGCUCUAUCCUAAGGCCAUCUUUUGGAGUGUUCUCAUCUCCACGUGUAUUGUGAUGGAGGGCUACGAUAUCUCCCUCGUUAAUAACUUCUACGCUUUUCCUCAAUUCAACAAAAAGUACGGUGUUCUGGGUGACAACGGAGAAUACCAGGUACCUGCUGCUUGGCAGGCUGGCCUGAGUAAUGGAGCUCACUGUGGUGAGAUCAUUGGUCUCUUCAUCAAUGGCUGGAUCUCUGAGCGUUUCGGCUACCGUUAUACCGUCAUGGCAUGUCUUGUCUGUGUAGCUGGUUUUACAACCAUCUUCUUUACCGCUCAGAACGUCCAGACUCUACUCGUCGCCGAGAUUUUGUGCGGUAUUCCUUGGGGUAUCUUUCAAACACUGACUAUUACGUAUGCGUCUGAGGUCUGUCCCGUAGCUCUUCGUGGCUACUUGACCACAUACGUCAACUUCUGCUGGGGUUUGGGCCAGGAGAUCGGUAUAGGAGUAAUUCACUCUAUGCUUAAGCGUGACGACGAAUGGGCGUAUCGUAUCCCCUAUGCUCUUCAAUGGAUAUGGCCGUUGCCACUCUUCAUUGGUAUCUUCUUUGCGCCCGAGUCACCUUGGUGGCUGGUCCGAAGAGGCCGUAACCAGGAUGCUAAGGAAGCACUACUUCGUUUGACUAGUCUGGAUCGCGAGACUGAUUUCGACGCCGACGAAACCAUCGCCAUGAUGGUACACACCACUGCCCUCGAAGAGAAAAUCACAGCAGGAGCAUCUUACUGGGACUGUUUCAAGGGUACUGACCGUCGCCGUACGGAGAUUGUUUGUAUGGUCUGGGCCAUCCAGAAUUUGAGCGGCAAUUCCUUCUCCAAUUAUUCCACCUAUUUCCUCGAGCAGGCCGGACUUUCAGCAGAUAAGGCAUACUCGUUUGCACUCGGCCAGUACGGUAUCAACAUGGCUGGAGUCUUUGGCGCCUGGGGACUUAUGAGUUUGGGCAUUGGCCGGCGAUCUAACGUUGUGGGCAUCAUCAACAGUAUCCUCACACCAUAUAUGCUCAACCCUACAGCGUGGGAUUGGGGCAACUAUGCAGGCUUCUUUUGGGGCGGAAUUUGCUUUCUGUGCAUCAUCUAUACUUUCUUCCGUCUGCCAGAGCCAAGCGGGCGCACCUUUGCAGAACUUGACGUGCUUUUCGAGCGAGGCAUCAGCGCAAGAAAGUUCGCGUCAACCGAGGUGGAUGUGUUUCAUGAGACAGUGGAGGAGAAUGUUAUGAACCGCUAUGAGGAGCUGGCGGAUACUUCAUCUGAGAAGGCCCACGAAAAGGCAUAG